AUGCAAGUCUAUCUAGAAUACGGCUCUCUUAGACGAUCACCAUUGUACAGUUGCGAAAAUGUCACCGAUCUCCUCGCACACAAAGGAGAACCAGCUACAUUGAGUGGAAUCUUUUACAUUCUAUAUGGAAUCGCGGCACAGAUAGCUUACUGCUUGGCCUUAUCCGUAAUCAAAGACAAAGAAUUCCUCAGCAUGUCCUGCUAUAAAUUCAUGUUCACUCUAGGCAUCCUCGACUCAUUGUGUAUCAUUAUCAGUUGUGAGCUGACAGGGUAUUUCCUAGUGGUUGGCGCUUGGUAUUGCAUGUUCCCAAAUGUGAUGUUUCUGUGUGGAGUGGCCGUUGAUGUCAUUUUCAACUCUUGCUGUGCUCUCUGUUUCCUGCUUGUGUGCAAUCGUUUUUUCGACUUUUGGAAGCCCCAUAUCGGGGAAACGAUUUUCGGGGGUAAUCGUUGCUGGUUCAUCGUUCUUCUCGGUCUUUGCUACGGUUUUUUGUAUCUCUGGACACCGCCCGUGUUGUUUAGUCCCGUUUUUGGGACAUGGAUCUACAAUCCGUUGAUCCCCGGAAAUGAGAAUACGUUCUCAUCGAUCUAUCAAACGAUCAACAACAUGUCCCUUUGCAUCGGCAUUUGUGUUGUUUACAUUCUCAUCUACAUCAUCAACUCGAUCAAAUUGAAACACGUGCAAACCGGGAAAUCGAAAUUUCAAAAGCAGCUUUUCAUCCAAUCGUCGCUCGUUUGCCUCUUCACUUUCACGACGGCCACCAUUUGGGCUUCUCUCGUCAUCAUUCCGCCCACGCAAUUCAUCAUGCACAUCGGGCAUCUCUCGUGGCAAAUGAUGCACGGCAUCAAAGGGCUAAUGAUAGGGAGUUUACAGUGUCGUCAAAAGCGGCAG